UAGCUCAGUCAAUGCCUGGCCAUGAAUGCCACAGCUAGUGGCAAGGAUAUCUGGUCGCGUCGCCUGCUCAUUGGUCUCUAUCGUGCCGCCCGCUGCUUGUCGCUGCUCUCAUGUCGCCUCGAUGUGGAACGCAAUCACAUUGAGCUGAAGGCGCCACGUCAGCAAUGCAAUCGAUUGUUGACCAUCAUUUGGCGCAGCAUUCUCGUCAACAUCUAUUGGACCAUCAUACCCGAUGUGUUUCUCCGAGCCCGCAAAACCGAGAGUUAUGCGGAUGUGUUUGCCAUGUUGCAAUCGGCCUCGGUGAUCCUUUUUGCCGUUGGCUCCUUUAUUGUUCAGGUGUGCGCUGAAUCGCGUUUCAUUGUCAUAUUGAAUCGCUAUAUCGCACUCUAUGGCCGCAUCUGUGCGUUGACUCAAUCGCCGGAGUUGUUUCCGCUCAAGUUCAGUGUGUUCUAUGCGUUGAAGUUGCUGCUGACAAUCGGUGGCUGUCUCUAUGAGUUGCCACAGCUGUUGCCGAUGCGGCACAUUCUGCAUGGCGAUGUGGGACACAUUCUCACCGGCAUCAUUGGCAUUUACAUGUGGAUGGGCACGCUCUUUAUGCUCGACGCCUGCUUUCUGGGCUUUCUCGUCUCUGGCGUCUUCUAUGAGCAGAUGGGCGCUCACAUUGGCGCAAUGCUGCUGGGCAUGCGUUCCAUCGAUCUCAUGGAUGAUGAGACUUCGCAAACGAAGUCGCUUCCUCAACGCUACAGUCAUUAUAGACGCAUGUGUUUGCUGUGCGAUCGUGCCGAUGAACUGGAGGCAUGUGGCAGCAUCUACAGUGAACUGUAUCAAGUGACGCUCAGUUUUCGCAGCAUUUUCCAAUUUCAAAUCUUCUUCUACAUCUAUUACAAUUUCAUUGUGUUGCUGCUAAUGCUCUACGAAUACAUCUGGAACUAUUUGGAUGAUGGCCAUGAGGCAACGGAUCUGGUGCCGUUUAUCAUGGUUGCCAUCAAGCUGGGCAACAUUGUGCUGCUAAUCAUGUGUGCCGACUAUACGAUCAAAAAGUCACAGUUGCCACAGAUGAUGCCACUCGAUAUUGUCUGCACCGACAUCGAUCAGCGUUGGGACAAUAGCGUGGACAUGUUUCUCAGUCAACUGCAGACGCAGCAAUUGGAGAUCAAAGUGAUGGGCAUUUUGCAGUUGAACAACGAAUUUAUUCCAACCAUUCUGUCGGCCAUCAUCACGUAUCUGUUCAUCUUGAUUCAAUUCGGUUUUACCGGUGGCUUUGAUGUGGUUGAGGAAAUUGCCAAGCGCAAUUUGUCAGCGAGAAACUAAAGA